AUGUUUCGUGUCCAUCAUCUCUGUUUAUACGUCACCGGUAUCCGUUCAUCAUCGCGAUGGUUUCAUUCUCACUCAAGUAGUUGUGCAAAGCCUUCUGCACUUUAUGACGCACUGGUGAAGAGUGGAAGUCUCGUGUUUGAUGCUAAACAGGCUGCAAUCAUCCGACAGCUCCUGGACAAAUUACAUUCUCGAUUGAAUGGCUACGAAUUACCCGUUUUACAGCCUCCUACUCACGAGAAUACAUCGGAUACGGGAGCAAAUGUGGAAAAGAAACAGCCGGUGAGGGUUCCUCGAGGGUUGUACGUCCACGGAGGCGUCGGAACGGGCAAGUCGAUGCUGCUGGAUUUGUUCUUUCGUGGAGCCAUUGUACAACGUAAACGACGCGUGCAUUUCAAUGAAUUUAUGCUCGAAGUGCAAAGCCGACUGGCUCAAGAAAAGGAAAAGCACUUGGAACGUUAUGGUAGACAGAGACAUAUUAUCUUGGACGAAAGUCGAGAUGUGGUGUUGCAAGUGGCCCAUGCUAUUGCUGAAGAAAGUCAUCUGCUGUGCUUUGAUGAGUUUCAAGUUACAGAUGUAGCAGAUGCACUCAUUAUGAGGAAACUCUUUGGCGUGUUCUUUGCACGCGGUGUGGUGAUGGUUGCAACGUCGAAUACUCCACCACAGGACUUGUAUAUGGAUGGCACAAAUCGCGAGUAUUUCAUGCCAUUCCUUGACCAGCUUGCGAAACACACGAUUGAGGUGCCGAUGAACUCGGACGUGGACUAUCGCUAUCUAUGCGAGAGUGUGAAUAGCGAAGAAAACUUUCUGUCGCCACUUUCAGUCGCUACAGAACAAAAGAUGGACAAGUUGUAUCGAGAUCUACUGGCGGGUAAUGACGAUAGUUUGGUUUGGAAGAAUGAUAAGAUUCAGGACGAGCUGUUACGCGUGCCAGUGAUGAUGGGACGUACACUGGACAUUCGUGGUAGAGUCGAGAGUGGUGUAUGUCGCGCGUCAUUUCGUUCAUUGUGCGAUAGUGAAAAGGGCGCGGCGGAUUACAAGAUGAUAGCAGAGUGCUUCCAUACUUUGGUGCUUGACAACGUACCAGUUCUGGGCAUGUCACAGCACGAUCAAGUGCGGCGAUUUAUCGUGCUCGUGGACGAAUUGUACGAGCAUCGGACACGACUUGUGGUAUCGUCUGAAGCUGCAGAGCCUCGUGGUAUAUUUUUGUUUGAUGAUGAAAGCGUCCAGGCAGCGUCAGAAGGCGCCACCAGCUCUUCUGCUAUAAAGGAGGAGAAGCAGCGUGUGAAUAAAGAGAACGCAGCAGUUGGCGUCCCAACGACUAGCUCGUGGGAUUCUCCUGUCGGUGUGUACGGUCCGUCGCAGAUGGCCGGUUUGAAUGUAAGCAAUCUGGUUGCGCUGAAAGACCUGAAGGUAGCGUUUAAACGCACAGCAUCUCGAUUACGUGAAAUGCAGAGCGCUAGAUACAUCGACGAAAGCAUUCGCUGGCGCUGUGAACGCGCAAAACGACUCAAAGAAGUUGUUCAGAUUAUCAAGAAGUGA